AUGUAUGGGGAGUUGCUUGGUCUGGGUUUGAUUGCUUUACUUGAAUUGAGUUCGAGUGCUGGUACUAAAGCAUUUACGAGUGAUAUUCUAAAUGGGAAUGAAUUAUCAUUACAAUUGAAUUUCAAUACCAAUUCUUCACCCGAAAAAAUUGACACAAUUGGGUAUACUGUUGCCGCGAAUAACAUCCUAAAUUCAAUGAAUACAACAACGAAUCCAUGCGAUAACUUUUUCCAGUAUGCUUGUGGACGAUGGAUUCAUGAACAUCCGAUACCGGAUGAUAAAUCUGGAUACGGAACAUUUGUAAUAACUACUAACAUAGUUCGAAAUCAAAUGAAAGCAUUACUGGAAUCAAAUGAAACGGUAACACCAGAAUGCAUUGAUGUGGCUCGUAUUCUUUACAAAGCAUGCAUGAAUGUUGAUAAAAUUAAAGUGGUAAAAACUGAGCAAUUAAUCGACGCAUUUCGUAAAAUUGGUAAAUGGCCAUUUAUUGAAGAAAAUUGGGAUAAUUAUACGUUUGACAUUACGGAUAUGUUAGCAUCGGUAACUGAAACAUUCGGUGAUCCAAUUUUGUUCAAAAUUUUUAUUGAUGCUGAAUCUAAAAAUACCACAGUUCAUGGUCUAUAUAUAGAUCAAGCUGAUUUGGGUCUUGGAAGUGGUACUCAGGAUUAUUAUUUGAAUCCAACAAAGUUCCCGACACAUUUGAACGCAUACAAAGAAUACCAGUUGGAUACCUUAAAAUUGGUGUUGAGCGGGGCUAACAUUAGCUAUGAUAUAUCUCAGCUCAUAACUGAUGUCAACGAUGUGACGGCAUUUGAAAUCGAAAUUGCCAAGUUCAUUGAACCGGAAGCAAAUCGACACGAUAGCUCACGUCUGUACAAUAAAAGAAUGAUUGCUGAUCUCUACAAAUUGUUUCCACAGAUUGAUUGGAUCAAAUUUUUAAUCCAUUUAACACCAACUUCAAUGCAUGAUAUAAUUGAUAAUAAUACGAAUAUUAUAGUUCAAGAAAUGGGAUUUAUAAAAAAUUUAUCAAAUCUAUUGAGCAUAACCAGCAAUCGUAUCAUUGCUAAUUACAUUUCUUGGCGAAUAAUUGAUGUUUGGAGUGAUAUACUGGGAAAAGUAUUUGAUGAUAUCCGACUGAAAUUAUUGCGUGUAAUGAGCGGUCAACAAAAAAUGAUGCCACGUUGGCAACGAUGUGUACAGAGGUCAGAAAAUUUGUUGGCACAAGCUACCGGCGCAUUGUUUGUUCGGAAGCAUUUUAGUUCAAGCAUACGCAAGGAAGUAAUGGAUAUCCUGGAAAAUGUACAAAAAGCAUUCCGAGAUACUGUUAAAGAAAUAGAUUGGAUGGAUAAUAGUACCAAAAAUGCUGCUUUACAAAAG